GGUCUACUCUAGACUGAAAGGUUUUAGCUUUGGUAUAACUUCUCAACAUCUAGUGUGACCUCAUUCAUAAAACAAACCAUUUCCCUGUCUCAGGUGGUUACUCUAAUGAUGAUAAUAGCCAAGAGUCUUUUUAAAAAAUCUUUUAAAAAUUAUUUUAUUAUUUAGGAAUACACAUUAAUUGGCAGACAAUCUAACUUAAAGUGGUUCCAGUAAUAACAGAAUAUGAUCUGCCACAUAAAUUAUAAACAAUGUGCUUAACAUUUGCAAGUGAUAGUUACAUAAGAAAAAGUGGUUUAAGAUUCAAAAUACCGUGCGAAAUAUAUACAUACACACACAUAUACAUAGAUAAAUAAUAAUAAAUAGGUUAAUAAUUUUAAGCUAUGCAGAUAACAAUAGGAUUCUAUUUUUAGGGUCAGAAUUGUAUAGGUAAUGUAAUAAAGGAUCCCAUACUUUAUAAAAAAAGGAUCAAGGCAUUUUUUGUGUAUUAAAGUUGUCAGUUUGUCGACUGUUCUGUAAUCUUGAACUUUUAACAACCAUUCAUCAUAAGAUGACAAUUCUUGUGUUUUGUGUCUUUGUAAUAUAGCAUCAUUAAAGUCCCAGAUCGAUAGAAGGUAUAGGUCAGGUCGUUUCUCAAACUUGUAAUAUGAUUUCUAUGAUGUUGUGUAUUCUGUCCGAAAAUUGUGUAAUUUUAGAACAAGUCCACUAACAGUGGAAGAAGGUGCCAUCUCUUUCCGCACACUUCCAACAGAGAGGCGAACAAUGUUGGUACAUUUGGGAUAAUCGUGAAGGAGUUAGAUACCACCUGUAAAACAUUUUCACGUUAUUUUCUUUGUUAUCAGUGGAAAGUCAAUUUGAUGUUGUUUCUCCAGAGUUUUUCCCAGGUCUCCAUUUGUAUGGUUUUAUUGAGAUUCCUCGCCCAGAAUAUCAUAUUAUCCUUUACUAAAUUCGAGACUGUCUUAAAUUCUAAAAUGGCCUUUCUGUGAAAAACGCUGCAGCUACUGCAACUUCAACAAGUACAUUCCCCGCAAUGUUGAUGAGCUAAGAAUGAGAGACUGCCUCAUUCAGGAGACAAAAACAUUGAUUCAACUUAGCCAGGUCCAGAGAAUUACUUCAGUAUUUUUUGGUGGAGGAACACCAAGUAUGGCCAGCCCACUCACAAUUGAUAAUAUCCUGGACACCAUCUCUCAAUGUGCCCAUUUAGCAGAAGGAACGGAGAUCACAUUGGAAGCCAACCCAACUUCAGCUGAAGCUUCACGUCUUGCAGAGUUCCAGAGAGCUGGUGUCAACCGCCUUUCCAUUGGCAUACAAUCCCUUAAUGAUGCAGACCUGAAGCUCCUUGGAAGGAACCACACAGCGGCUGACGCCUUGAGAACCUUAGAAGAAGCUAAGAGACUCUUUCCUGGCCAUACAUCUGUUGACCUCAUAUUUGGUCUCCCGGGACAGACAGUUACAUCAUGGGUCCAGAGUUUGCAGAGAUUGCUCUCCAUGUGUGAUGAUCAUGUCUCUCUCUACCAGCUGACCCUGGAAAGGGGUACCUCUCUUUUCAAACAGGUCUACCAGGGAUACCUGCCCAUGCCAGAUGGAGAUGUAGUAGCAGAGAUGUAUGAGUGUGCACAACACAUUCUACAGGAUACAGGUUUUCGUCAGUAUGAGGUCUCAAAUUUUGCUAGAAAUGGAGCACUUAGUGCCCAUAACCUGUCCUACUGGCAAGGCAAUCAAUAUAUUGGGAUCGGACCAGGAGCCCAUGGUAGGUUUGUGCUAUCAGGAGAUGGCAAGAGGCAUCGAGAAGCCAGAAUACAGACCCUGGAGCCAGAUAUAUGGAUGAAGGAGGUCCUGGCCUUUGGGCAUGGAACCCGGAAGCGGACUGCGUUGAGUGAACUGGACAGAUUAGAAGAGGUUCUGGUACUUGGACUCCGCAUGGAUGUAGGAAUUUCACAUCAGCACUGGCUUCAAAUUGCCCCCACUUUCAGUCUGUGGAAGGUGUUUGGGGAAUCAGAUGAAGUAAAAGAGUUGCAGGAGCAAGGCUUGCUCCUUCUAGACGACAGGGGCCUCAGGUGCUCUCGGAAAGGGCUGGCUGUGCUGGAUACUCUGCUUCUGACACUUCUGAGCCAACUUGAGCAAGCUUGGGCAGAAAAAGAAGAAACAUCAAGUGGGACCUGAAGCCUAUAUGUAGUUUUCAUCAAACUGUGGAAAAAGGGAAAGAGACCACCCUGAGCUGGAGGCUGAAGAAUUGUGUGCUAUCUUGACAGUUUUUCAAGUGCAACACUAAAUUUGGAGAAAUGUGCCGGUUAUUAAAUGAAGUUGGUGCUUGCGUAUCACUGGAUGUAGAAUUUGGAGAACGUUUGCCUCUGUACCAAGGUGCAAGAUAGUUUGGUUCUGAGGCCAUUGUGUCUUGGGCAGAAAAUAAAUGAAGCAUGAAAUAUGUUUGAGCUACAUAAUGAAUAGAUUAAAUGUGAACUGUUUUUUCAUUAACAAGUAUUCUGCUUUAUGACUGCAUAAUAAACAAGUAUUUUUUGUGGAAGGAAAUUACCAUGAAAAUAACAAAAGAUUUGAACACUGUCUCCACAGGGCAGCUUCCCAUGCUCAUGGGUUAGUGGCGUGGAGCACAAAUGGGAAGGUGAAUGUGCCUUUUCUCAGUGACCCCCUGCCCAAAAGCAGGAAGCCAGCAGUGCUCCUUUGAGAGUAGUUUGCUGUUCAUCAUCCUACUAUGUACCUGAAUCAACCUCUAACAGCCCAGUCAGAGGGGUGGGGGGAGUAGAGCAGUGGCCACGAACAACAAUGUGGUGCUGCCAACAAAGGGGCAAUUGGCAGUGUGGGUGCUGGGGGAGAAGGAGGAACUCCUUUCUCUCUGGGAAGUCCAUAGCAGCAUAUGACUUACAGCGUCCUUUUUGGUGCCAUAGGUCUGUGCUGCUGAAUGGCAGCUGGGGUGGAGUGGGAUGUUCCUGGGCUGAAACUGCAUUGGGAGCCAAUUAAAGUCAGCUCUACCCCUGGGAAUGCCCCCAGUCAUGCCAGCACGGGCUCCUGUGGCAGAAGGGUGCCAGCAUGCAUGGCUGCUUCUGGUUUUGGGUGCCACACAGUUGUGCAGUGCCUUGUCUCCGGCAUAAUAACCCCUCUACUGCCAUAUUUGUCCCUUAUACUGGCGGAGUGGGCAUCCAUGUUGGCAAAACCCCAUGCCACUUCCAAAGCUCCAUUUGCCCUUCCAUUUUGGAUUGCACUGUUUGUUCCUUGUUGCAACCAUGGGUUUUAUCUUCAAAUUCUAUAUUCCUGUUCCAUUCUGCCUUCUACAACACACUGAUUUUGAACUGGAUCAAGCCUAUUUCCUGGGCUUCCUCUGUUUAUCAGCUAUCAUCACCUAAUCCUUAACCUGCAUCUUAUAAUAGCUUUUUCUCCACCUCAUCUGUUAAUUGGUUUAGGUUUGCUUUUGACUAUGAUUGACACUGCAUGCAUGCUUGUUAAUUGCUGAUGUCAGAUCUGAUUUUCUGGCUUUUCACUACUUGACCCGUUGUCUGCAUCCUGAUCACUAGGUCAUAGAAUGAUGUAUCAUUAAGUCAUGUUGGAUAGCAUCUUUCUGAAAGCUGGCACAGAUUCCACACUAUUGGAAAGCCUGUAGGAGGAAUAGGAACCUUCUGGCUUAGUAAAGGGAUGUUACUGUAACAACCAAGGGUACGCAAUUAGAAUGUUAUUAAUCAAGAUUCAACAAGAUUCAACAGAAAAUGCUCCAAAUCUGAACAGAAUUAUUUCUGAUAUUCAGGAGCAGUUGGAAACCUUCCAUUCUGACAGUCAUUCUGAUGCUUUAUCUGACUGGUUUAUUUUUCUUGAGAAGCAGGUUAGGCAGCAAAGAGGAAAAAGUGAUUCAGCAGAUAUGAGCCAGGCAGGGAUGCUGAUCAGAAAGUGGCUAUUCCUAAAUAGAAUUGGCACAAAGUUGAACUGCUGUGUCCAGAAAUGCCAACCAUUGUACCAUCCCACAAGCUUUGGAAGACUGAUUCUAUAUAUGACCAGGUUCUGUUUCUGUGUGAGCUAUUCAUACUUUGGGGCUGCACCUUUGAGCUUUUCUUGCACAUACUCGUUGACAGAACAAAUGGGAAAGGAUGUAAAUCCCCCCAAUCUCUAUGGUAAUGUGUGUUUGUGGGGAAAUAAAAUAGAUGCAAUUGACUAUUCACUGACACAUAGACUUGGCAACUGCUACAAAUAGUGGAAGAAGGGAAGAGCAAGGGCUACUACAGCGUAUUCCUCCAGGAUAACAGCCAAUCUGCCUGCCUGCCCUGCAGGAGACAAAGGCUUGGUUUGCAUGUGCAGGCAAGCUAGGUGAGGAUAAUUUAAUAAACAUCCAUGGGAAGGCAAAGGCAGAAGUUGGAAGCACAUUUUGUCGUGACCAGUGGAAAGUCAGCUGGGUGCAAUAAUAAAUAUGGAAGAAAUAGAAUACAGAAACAUAAGGUGUGCAGCAACAUUUUGUUUCCUUCACCCACACAACUGUUUGAAGAAUAAAAUCCCUCUUCACCCUUCCUCAUUGAAGAUCCUGAGAAACAAGGGAAAAGCUCAUAUACUACACCUUACAGUGAUUGAUGAUCAAGUGAGAAUUUUAAUAGCUCAUAGAAUAACAAUUCCUUGGGAUUCUGGAGAGAGUAUCUUUUGGAUAGGGGGUAAAGUCUUUGAGAGUUGGGUGUGGAAGGGAAGAUGAACCCCAAAAUUGUGUCUCCCAUGGAAUCCAAUGGAAACUAUUAUUAUAUUAACUUCCUGGUUGUCGUUAUUUUGGUUGGCAGUCAAAUGAAUAACAUAUAUUAGGUUUAAAAUAUACUCUUUUUAUUUAUUUGAAAUAUUUAUACUAUGUCUUUCCAUUCAAACAUCUACAGGACUACUUACUACAUACAAAUAUCAAUUCAAUGAUGUAGAGACAGGAAUUGUUCUUGCUUGUGGAAUUCUCUUUGCCUUGAGGCUUUACAGGUACUUAUAUUGUUUUCUUUUAGGUGCCAGAUCAAAAUAUUCCUCUUUAUCCAGGCUUUUAAUUAAACCCUGUUUACCUUUGAAAGUGUAUUUUAAGAUGUAUGCAUCUGUUUUUAUAGUUUAUGUUUUUAUGCUAGGCUGGGUUUUUCUAAUGGUUUGUUUUUAUUACUUUUUUAAUUUUGUAGGCUGCCUAGGAUACGUUUCUGGAGAGGUGGUAUAAAAGUUUUCUACCUAAAUAAAUAAGAGUGCUUUAUAGUAGCCCAACUUGCAUGUAAUCGGAGUGGGUAACUGGCCAAAUCAUGCCUCUCCAGGGAUGGCUGGAACUGGAAAACCAAACAAAGCUGGGAAACAUCAAAAGAAGAUGAGAUAAAAUGACAACUGAAUUUUUUAAUUAAAAUUGAUCAGAAAAAAAAUAGGGGGAAAUAUAAAAACUGUAAUAUGGUAUGAGAAGAAGAGAAUGUUCUAAAGGCACGAUUUUAAACUUCUUUCUGCAAAGCUGAAAAUUACUGCAGGUUUGCAGAAACAUGUAUCCUCCCCUGGGUGGCCUUUUGAAGAUUUUUUUUUCAAAAUCCACAUGGGAGGGCCACCCAUCACCAUUAAAUACAUGAUAAAUUAAUAACUUGUAUUUUGCCCAGAAACAAACUGGCAGCUAAUUAAGAUUUAAAAAAUCUUAAUUGGUGAGAUCUUGGUAAUGUACUCUCAGCAGCCUAGCCACUGUGUUUUGAACCAUGUGAAACUUCCUGUCUUCAUGUGCAGCCCCAAACAGAGUGCACUGUAUCACAAUCUGACUGACUGUAACUGCAAUUGCAGUACUGAUAACUGACCCAGAUCACACUUCUGAUGGAAGGGCUACAAUUGGCAAACCACAGAAAGCUGGUUAAAAAAGCACUUAUUGUUACAGGUGAGAUAUUCUCCUCUCUUUAUAGACCUGGAUUGGAAAGGAUUGAUCAUCAUCUCUGUGAACCUGCUCCUUAUAACAGUUCAAAUAUCUCAACUGUGAACAUAUUGACAAAUAGCACUAGAGUUAUAUCUGGAACAUAGUUCAAUUUCUUGGCUCAUUAUUGCCUCAAGACACCUACUCUACAGAAGAGCUGGGCGUUAUUCACAAACUAAUGACACCUCAGCCCAAUUAGUUGUUUCCUGUAGAUAAUAAGAACUCUGUGGAACCCCAUAUUUCAGAUGCCAUGGGCAUCUCCAUACCAUCUUCUGGAACCAGUGCACAGAAAUGGAACCAUUAGAGUGCAAUAUUUCUGAUACCUAUCUUAGCUAACAAUUCAGAAGGAACCCAUGGUUGAUUGCACUCCUUUUGACUCUCUCAUAUUGAAGGUCAUCAGAGUGGUUUUUGCCAUCUUUGAGAAGCUGUGGCAAAUUUUCCAUGGUAACAAUAGCCAUGCUAGGCUAUUACAGCAAAAAGAAAGAAGAGUCUUGUAGCACCAAGACUAACUUUUACUCUAGUACAAAAUUUCACUAACUAUGGUUUUUGUCUUUAAACUGAUAUAACACUAGUUUUUUGUUAAUUCAGCGACUCUUGGUAUGGAAAUACUAUGUAUUGAACUUUGAAACAACUUGUAAUAUGUUUGAAGCAUUCACUCCAGGCAGCUACCAAAUAAACCCCAUCCAGAGUGGGUGGAUGCGGGAGCUUUUAGACUGUGUUGGGCUUUUAGAAUGGGGUUUUUAUUGUAAUUUUACUGUUGUUGGAUUUUUGUUGUUGUGAUUUUACUGUUGUAUUGUUUUUAUUGUAACUCACCCAAAGACUGUUGUAAAGAGCACGGAAUAAAUGUAAAUAAAUAGAAA